CGGAUUGAAAUUCUGCUGAAAGUUGAUUUUUGUAGUUUUCGUCAAACGUAUAAACAUGGCAACUCGUUCCAAACGAGGCGCUGUGAAAUCGGCUGAGGACCCAGUUCCAACGAAAAAACGAGCUUCGCUAGAACCACCGACGGAGAAUGGUGUAACUGUUUUCAUCGAACACUGCAAAUCAUGACAAGUGUUCAAGCGCAAAGCUACACAAAUAUACGAACAAUUGUGUGAACUUGCGCCGGGACAACUUUCCGAAUUAGUGUUGAACGAGGAUGGCAAACCUCGUCGAGGUGCUUUUGAAAUUUCUGUAGCCAAAACAAAGAACGCCGACAAAAUCUUGAUAUGGACCGGUUUGAAGAAAGGACCUCCGCGAAAGGAAAAAUUUCCUGAAGCUGAGGAAAUACUUUCCGAUGUGCUUAAAGCUGUGAAGUGAAUGAUCACCACCAAGUCGGCUAAAUAGGAAAGCGAUUGCUAAAGUUUCUAUAGUGUUCUGGAAUCUGCCGUAUGACGAUGCGAAAUGAAACCCGGGAGGGACAUUUGCGUUCGAAGUUUUCAGAUUUCAGUGCGCUACUGAAAGUAUU